AUGCUAACGAUCUUAUAAGUUAAUAUAAAGAGUUAUAUCAAUCUUUUUUAAGUAGAUAAGAAAAAUUUUUAUUUUCAUAAAGUGAUUUAAAGCAAUAUAGAAUCCAAUGUAAAAUUCAAACUACAAAUUUAUUUGGAUGAAUUAGAAAAGAUUUAUUUAGCAUCAAUAAAUAGAAAUACUCCCUUAAUAUACUUGAACAAAAUAGAUUAAGCUUGA